AUGUUCAAGCACGCUUUCUACCAGUUUGUUUUCACCGCCGCUGUUCUCGCACUUGUGUCGGCUAUCCCGACUGGGGAGCUCGAACAGCGAGCAAGCUGCACGAUCUCCUCUGUCUCCACUGCUGCGUCCAUCUCGAGUUGCUCUUCGGUCACCAUUGAGGCAUUCACCGUUCCGAGUGGAAGUACCUUGACCCUCUCUCCGAUGUCGGGCGCGACUAUCACCAUGGCUGGUGAUAUCACCUUCGCCAAAACCACUAGUGACGGCCCGCUCUUUACCAUCGAUGGCGAUGACGUCACAUUCAACGGCGCGGGAUAUACAUUUGACGGUAAUGGCGCUGAUUACUGGGACGGUGAAGGCACAGAUGGUGGUGUUGACAAGCCUCAUCCAUUCUUGAAGUUCAAGGGCUCCGGCACAUACUCUGACUUCACGGUUUUGAACAGUCCCGCUCAGGCUAUUUCCAUCGGAAACAGUGACGGCCUUGUCUUUGAUAGCAUCACUGUCGACGACAGCGACGGUGAUACCGAUGACCUAGGCCACAAUACCGACGGUUUCGACGUUUCCGCUGAUAAUGUGACUAUCAAAAACUCGGUCGUCAAGAACCAGGAUGAUUGCAUUGCUAUCAACUCUGGCUCGACUAUCGUUUUCGAGAACAACAAGUGCUCUGGCGGGCAUGGUAUCUCUAUUGGUUCCAUCUCCAGCGAUGCAACCGUCUCUGGCGUUACCAUCUCUGGAAACACCGUCACCGACUCGAUGUAUGGAUUCAGAAUCAAGGUCAAGGCCACAGCUACAGAUGCGUCUGUAUCCGGUAUCACAUAUUCUGGCAACACCCUCAGCGGUAUCGAUGAAUACGGCGUUCUGAUCACUCAGUCUUACCCUGACGAUGAUGGUACCCCCGGAACUGGCGGACCCAUUUCGGACGUGAACUUCACUGGGAGCGCUACUACCGUCGUGGUUGGAGAUGACGCCGAACGACUGGUUGUCGACUGCGGUUCCUGCUCUGGAACGUGGGAUUUCUCCAAACUGACGAUCACUGGUGGUUCGGAAGGAACAAUUUCCAGUGACGAUGCUACUAUCUCCGGUGGAUCGUAUUAA